GCCAAGGAUGAACUUUCUCACUCAUCCAGUUUCUAACACUGCACGAUCAUUGGACCAUUGGAUGAUCGAUCGAAUGACAUUAUUGAUUUCUAUAAUAUUGUGCCCCCAUGGAUGCCACUUACGUUCUUGCAUCCUGUCAAGAAAUCACCACCAAGCUCAGGCAUACUCAGUCAUCCUUGCCGAUACUCUAUAGAGACAUUGUCACUAUUGGCUGGGGCUGAUUGAUUGAUCUAGCAUCAGGAGGUUGUUGUGGUCUUUCUCAUUUUUUAAUAGCUGAAUCAUCGGCUUGUCUUAUCUCAAUAAGGUACCGUAGCUACCCAUACUAGCUAUAUUAGAAUAGGAAUCAAUCCUUACAAUGGGCGUCUUGGAUGAUCUCUCCGAGGUGGAUUUGCUGUUGAAUCAGCUGGUAGAAGAAACUACCCGUUUGCUGCUUCAGCAUGGUCCCUGGAUUCAAAAGAUCUUCAUGGAUGUUUUCUCGGAUAUGAUUUUUGUGCCUCGCAUUGUGGCCAAGCAAAUGAUGUUGGCCAUGGUCUUGGAGACGGGUCGAUUGGUCUUUUCACGUGUGUACCAUUACAGUACCGGUCUCGUGGUCCAAUUGGUCAGUAGUCGAGCUCGUAUGUUGCGGCAAUUGACAUUGGAUCAACAAUCGGCACAAACCCAAGACGAGUACAUGAUGCUGGCCGAACAACACGAUGCCUUGACGCAAGCGCAAACUUGGCGAAUGGAAUCCUCCUCGCCACUCUACGAACGAGAUCGAAUUGCCACCACCAUUGAUCAUUACCUGCAUCUCAUGCGGAGAAGUGAAGUCUUUGAUUUGCUAUUUUUACUACGCGGCAAUUUGGGACGCAAUCAAUUUGGACUCUUGCACCAGGGAUUGUUCAGUCACUCCAAAGCCGGAACCAAAGUACUUGUAGAGACCUAUCACAAUGUCGUGUGUGCGGCACUCGAGUUUGUCUGUGAUGCUCCUGUCGAUGAUGAUACGGAUCUCAACAACAACAAUUAUGUUCCCACCGAAGCCAAAUUGGCCUUUUUUAAUGAAGUCAGGCAUGCAUAUGGAAGGUCAAGUCUGCUGCUCAGUGGAGGUGCUGCCCUGGGAUUUUAUCACGUCGGUGUGGUCAAGGCAUUGAUGGAGAACAACCUCAUGCCACGAGUCAUUGGCGGGGCAUCCGCUGGAUCCAUUGUCUGUGCCAUGGUCGGAACACGGACCGAUGAAGAAUGCAUUCACGAUCUCUUUCAUCUACGAGGGACUUUUGCACCAGGACAUUCCGGAAUGAUUCAUCUCGAAUUCUUUCGACCACUGCUCUUUGAAGAAUCCAAACAACAAAAACGCAACAAACAACAACACCACAAAUCGGGAGAACUCUUCCAAGUCUACCACAACACGGCCGGGGCAUUUCACGAUCCCAAACGCACUUGGCAACUCUACAUGCCCGUAGGAUUGCGGCAAGCCGCCAGUACAAUUUACGACAUUUUGACGGGAGACCGACGCGCCAGUGAUUUGGUCAUGCACGAUACCGAACAUUUCAAGGCGGUCGUCAAGGCCAAUUGUGGAAACUUUACCUUUCAGGAAGCAUUUGAUCGAACCGGACGCAUUUGCAACAUUAUCGUAUCACCGAAGAACCAAUCCGAUCCACCGAGGCUGUUAAACUACUUGACGGCGCCACAUGUCCUCAUUUGGAGUGCGGCGGUCGCAUCGGCGUCAGUGCCGGGUAUUUUUGAAGCGGACUGUCUCUUGGUCAAGGAUCCCGAUGGUACGGAACGCUACGAAUCGUCCGACAUGACACCGAAUGGAGGGCGGGUCCAAUUCUCGGAUGGGUCAUUUGAACAGGAUUUGCCCAUGCAACAACUCUCGGAAAUGUUCAAUGUCAAUCAUUUCAUUAUCAGUCAAGUCAAUCCACAGGCGGUCUUGUUUGGCUCGUUCAAUCAUCGCAGCUACGAUGGGUGGUCCAUCAAGGGAGUCAUUGAUUCCUUGCUCUGUUUCCUCAAAGGACAAUGUCGAAGUUGGUUGGUCAACUUGAUGAAGUUCUUGGGGAGUGGACGAUUCCGACCUCUCUACGCACAAACCAGAGGAGCCAACAUUGCCACCAACAUUUUGACGCAAGAAUACGAAGGACGAAGCUGCGAUAUUUCUCUCAUUCCGUGGCUCCAUCAUCGGACUUUGCGAAGUGCCUUUUUGCACAUGCUCUACAAUCCGACUCGUGACGAUUUCUUUGAAUGGACCAAGGCAGCCGAACGGGAGACUUGGAAAUUCAUUCCUCGCAUCAAAUGUCACAUUGCCGAAGAGAUUGCACUCGAUCAGUGCGUCCAGAGAUUGAGGAAUCGACUCAUUCUCGAAGCCCGACAAAAGCGUCGAGGUUCAGUGGCAACCAACAACAUGAUUGGCAACGGACUCCCGAGCUUCUUUGUCAGUCCCAGUUUGACGAAUCUGGAGAGCCGUGGCAGCACCGCCGCGGCAACGGUGGAGCAAAUCGUUGCUGGAACGGCACCGGUUGUCAACAACACGUACCAAGUACCACUCAAGAGCGACAGUAGGAACAACCUGUUGUUGACGUCCGACGUGACGGAUCUCAAUUCCGGAUGGGCUGGCAUGGGAUUGCUUGGAAAUAGAUCCAGUGGCAGCUUGGAACGACAAUUCUCCCAUCCUUCUGGUUUGUUCAUUGACGAGGAAGAAAACCCACAACAGCCGCCUGACUUUGCCGCUGCAGCUACGCACAUGACGACACCCUCCCAAAACGAGCCAUCCGGGUUCGUUGUUGCCUCUGGCAAGACAAUGUCGAACUCUAGCCUCCGAUCCAGUCAGCGCAGUGGUAGCCAUGGCGACGGCGCAAAUGGCCGGCGCGGGUCCAUGGCUGAAUUCUAUUACCGUCGUGCCUCGGAGACCAACUUGGCUCAUCGGUAAGGAAUGCACGCCAAAGGACAGACAUCAACCUGAGUCCGCACACCGCUAUACGGUACCACAUCAUGAGUACAUAGUGUGCGUCAAUGCAUAUACUUAAUUCCGUACACAAAAAGGCUACAUAAACAUCCAUUUUUGCUUCUCCUC